AUGGCCGGAAAAGGAUCUCUUGUGGUUGUGUUUCUGAUUUUGGUGGUGGGAGGUGUGCAGGCUAGGAAGCUUGCUGGAGUCCAGCCUGAUCUUUCUAAAAAAGAAGCUGCCAACGAUGAAAUUGGUGGUGGCGUUGGAGAAAAGGGAGGAGUUGAUGGUGGUGUAGGAGCUGGCAUUGGUUCCGGUGUAGGAUUAGGCGACGACAUCAAAGAAGAUAAAAAUGCAGGCGGGAAAAAGGGAGGCGACGCUGGUGGUGCAGCUGGAGCUGGAGCCGGAGCUAGAGGCAGAGCCGGAGCUGGAGCUGGAGUGGGUGGUGGCAUUGGGGCUGGAAUUGGUGCUGGAGCCGGAGCCGGAGCCGGAGCCAGAGCUGGAACCGGAGCCGGAGCCGGAGUUGGAGAGGGAGCUGGCAUGGGUAGUGGAGGCAACAGGAAUCGUGGAAGUGGGGAAAAACGAGGUGGCACUAGGACUGUCGGAGUUAAUGAUAUUGGUGUGGUUUCCGGUAGGGGAAAAGGUAAGCGUGAUGGUACAUUAUUAGACAGCAAAAUCAGUGACAUUGGGUCUGGUGGUGGAGCUGGGGCAGGUGGCGGAGCUGGGGCUGGUGGAGGAGCUGGGGCUGGCGGUGGAUUUGGGGGCGGCAUAGGUGGUGGUAUUAGUGGUGGUAUUAGUGGUGGAGCUGGGGCUGGUGGUUUAGCUGGGGCUGGGGCUGGUGGUGGAGCUGGAGCAGGUGGUGGAGCUGGAGGUAAUGGUGGAGCCGGAGCUGGUGGUGGAGCUGGAGCUGGAGCUGGUGGUGGAGCUGGAGCUGGAGCUGGGGCUAUUGGUGGAAUUGGGGGAGGAAUAAGUGGUGGUAUUAAGGGUGGAUUUGGUGGAGGUGGAAAUGUAGGUGGUGGAGCUGGUGCUGGGGCUGGUGGUGGAGCUGGAGCUGGCGGUAAUGGUGGAGCUGGGGCUAAUGGUGGAGCUGGGGGUAACGGUGGAGCUGGGGCUGGUGGUGGAGCAGGAGCUGGAGGUGGGGCUGGGGCUGGAGCUGGAGCCGGCUGGACUGGUGGUAUUGGGGGUGGAAUCAGUGGUGGUGUAAGUGGAGGUGCUGGCGCUGGUGCUGGUGCUGGUGGUGCUGGUGGUGCUGGUGCGGGUGCGGGUGCAGGAACUCAGGGCCGUGCUGGUUGA